UGACGUCAGAGCAGGGCGAGUCUAGAAUGCAGAGCAAGUGGAAUAAUUGAAUUGCGAAGAUCGCUGUGUAUGAAAACACUGAUUUGCAUAAAACCUACAAAACAUGGAGCUUAUCGGUGACUGAAACCGUUUAGAUUCAGAGUAAUCCAGACUGAAACAGAGCUUGGAUAACUGCUAUUUAUUUUUUUUACUAACAACGCAGAGGAGUGAAAGAGAUACUCCUAUUUGUCACUGAAGUAACGAGAAGCUAAGAUGGCAGGAAGAGAGCGCAGUCCACGCCACAGGCCUUGGUCCGUGUAUCGAGCCAACACUUUUGAUCUGUCCUCUGAGAUGAUGGGGUUGGCGUUAGCAGGAAACAGUCAGGAUCCUGAUGAGCCAGUGCUUGAGUUCAGUCUGGCAUGCAGUGAACUGGUCACUCCAUCACUGGACCGUAAGCCCAGUAGCUUUGUAGCAGUGAGCUGCACCACACCUCCACAGGCAUUCUGGACCAAACACGCACAGACUGAAAUUAUAGAGGGUACCAGUAAUCCAAUCUUCUUGAGCAGUAUUGCCUUCUUUCAGGACUCUCUGAUUACCCAGCAGACUCAAAUCAAACUGUCUGUCUAUGAUGUGAAAGACCGCUCACAGGGGACUAUGUAUCUGCUUGGUUCAGCUAUGUUUACUGUAAAAGAGCUGCUUCAAGACAAACACCAUAGGUUGCACCUCACACUGCGAUCAGCAGAGAGCGAGCUGAUGGGCAAUAUCACCAUCAUCGCAUGGCAGAUUGAGGAGAGGAGAGACCAGCGAGCUCCUCUGGCACGUUCAGACACAGUAAAUGGCAGGAUGGUGUUACCUGUUGAUGAAAGUCUAACCGAAUCUAUUGGAGUAAAAGCCAAAUCUGCAUCCCUAUGUAAAGACAGCCUUUUAAAGGCAGUGUUUGGAGGUACUAUCUCACGGAUGUACCGAUUUUCCACUACUGAUGGAAACCACCUACGUGUCCUGGAGCAGAUGGCAGAGAGCAUGCUCUCACUGCACAUACCAAGACAAUUCGUUAAACUGCUGCUGGAGGAAGAUGCUGCCAGGGUAUGUGAGCUGGAAGAGCUGGGUGAGCUGUCCCCUUGCUGGGAGAAUCUACGGAGACAGAUCAUCACUCAGUACCAGACUAUUAUCCUAACCUAUCAGGAGACUCUCAGUAAUUUACACGAAUACAAGGGUCCUUCCUUUAAAUCUAGCACUCUGAAAGGAGAGAAAAGAUUAGAGUUCUUGCCUACAAACCUUCACAUUCAGAGGAUGAGAGUGCAGGGCGAGUCUGGCUAUGAUCGCACAUAUGACGUGGUGACCACAGGGGCCCCUGCGGCACAUCAUCAGGGCUUUAAGAGCAGCGGACUCAGGAAACUAAUUCAGAAAUUUGAGGAAGCCAAAAAGCAUGCUUAUGAGGGUGAAGGUGCUAGGGAGUCAGCCCCACUCACAAUGCGGUACCAGCCACAGGAUGUGUUGAAAGCUAAAGAAAUAAUUUCCCAUAUCAACACUCUCAAGACUCAGGUCAGCUACUACACAGAGCGCCUGUCCCGUGCUGCCAAAGAACGUUCGACCAAUGCACUGGAGAGAACCCUCACUAUCCUGACAGACAAGACCCGGCAGCUGGUGACAGUGUGUGACAGUAAGCUGCUAACUACAGCUAUCCAGGCACUGAGUGCUGCACGCCCAGAGUUCAUCGCCUCCAGAGGCUCUUCCUCCGCCCCCGACACUAAAAAUGACCAGGGCUCUCCAAAGGACAGAUGGAGUGGAAAGGGGAACAGAGCUUCCAUGAAUGUAAACUGGCAUGAGGAGGAGUGGGAGAAGAUUUGGCUCAAUGUGGAUAAGAGUCUGGAGUGUGUGAUCCGAUGUGUGGACAGACUUCUGACAAGAGAGCGGGCGCAGAGUGACAGCAGUGAAGAUGUGUUCAUGUCUGAACAACAGGCUGAUGCCAGCAUGAGAGGUGGUAGUCCCAGCGGUGAAGUGUCCUCUCCUGUCGGUGAAUGGAGUGAAGCUCUGUAUCCACUCCUGACUACUCUCAAUGAGUGUGUAGCCAUGAUGAGUGACAAAGCCAAGAAGUCCAUGGUGUUUCUUCUAAUGCAAGACAGUGCUCCCACUAUUGCCAUGAGUCUGGCACUACAGUACCGCAGAGAUGUGGUUUUCUGCCAGACGUUGACGGCCCUGAUCUGUGGAUUUGUUAUAAAGCUGAGGAACUGUCUCAGUGACAAUGGCUUCCUCAGACAGCUCCACACUAUCGGCUUACUAGUCCAGUUUGAAGGUCUACUGAGCACCUAUGGAGAGGAGCUUGCCAUGUUGGAAGACAUGAGCGUAGGCGUCUUGGACCUGCGGAAUGUCACCUUUAAAAUUACCCAGGCAACCUCCAGCUUCAGCCCCGACAUGCUACCUGUCAUCACGGGUAACAGAGAUGGGUUUAAUGUGCGUGUACCAUUACCAGGGGCGAUGUUUGAUAUGUUGCCACGGGAAAUUCAAAAUGGGAUGCUGCUGCGUGUUCAACCAGUAAUAUUCAAUGUAGGAAUCAAUGAGCAACAAACACUAGCGGAAAAGUUUGGAGACACAUCGCUACAGGAGUUGGUGAAUACGGAGAGUCUAGCUCGGCUUACCUCCUAUUAUGACCAGUUUAAAGAAGUGUUACCUGAAGACUGUCUACCCUGCUCUCGCAGUCAAAACUGUGUGCCUGAGCUACUCAAAUUCCUUAGUCAAAAUGUCAAUGCCAAGAAGAGCAAGAAUGUUGACAUCCUGUCACAGGCAGCAGAGGUGUGUCGGCGACUGAAUGGUGUCCGUGUGACCAGCUGUAAGAGUGCAAAGGAUCGGACGGCCAUGUCGGUCACCCUGGAGCAAUGUCAAAUCCUCCAGCAUGAGCACUGCAUGGCCCCGCAGGUUUUCACCCAGGCCCUGGACUGUAUGCGCAGCGAGGGCUGCAGGCGAGAAAACACCAUGAAAAAUGUAGGCAGUCGCAAAUAUGCCUUCAACUCUCUCCAGCUCAAGACUUUUCCUAAACAGUACAGGCCACCAGAGGGCACCUACGGGAAAGUGGAAACUUGAUUUGAUGACUGGUCAGCUGUUCUAGCUCUCCAUGGCUAGAGCUGCAUGUUUCUUCUUGUCUGUUUUACUUUAUUACCACAUAUCUGAAGAAAACUUAUAUUAUGCACAGUCAUGCUGAAAUCUGCUCUGGUUAUCAUCCAGAUGACAAUGUUAAUAUUUUUUGGUCCCCAGACUCUUCUAUGAUCUCUGGUUCUGAGAAGAAGGCGAUAAGGAAAGAAAAUCACUUGAAGGUUUACGAGUAGCUAUCAUGGUUGUUGCUCUGAAAGCCAGGUAUGAAGGCCUGUUAGACGCUUAAUUACGUUAAAGGAGAAGAAAGAAUAAAACAACAAUCUGAUUUGAUACAUCAGAGCAGUUCCCAAAUAAUCCCAAAGCUCCUAAUUUAUUCCAUCUGCAUUCAUUUUUAAAUGUUUCCAACACAACACUUUGUUUUUGUACUUAAAUACAAAGGUCAAAAAUAUCAGCACUGAAGCAAACACAUGUUUAAUCAUCCUUUAGAGUGUAUUCAAAGUUCAGUAAGUUAUAGGUUGUAAAGUUAUAAGUGCUGUGUCAUUUAGACAACUUGUUCCCAGAGUCAGCUUUAGCAUUUUUAAGUCAGGUUGUUAAAUUAGAGAAUCCAUAUAUGCAUACAAUUUUAGCAUGAAACCAUAGUUUAUUAUCACUUCAUUUAAAUAUACAAAAUACUUGUUGCCUUAAGAGAGUCAACCAUUGCAACUCCCACAAUGUCAAUGUAAAUAUGUAGAUACUAAUCUGUGUAUGACUGUUUGCGAUGUUGCAGAUUAAAUCUUAUUUAUUUAGUUUUUAUUUAUUUAUUUAUCUCUCCAUAAAAGGUUUAAAAAACAUCAUUAGUGCUUUAUUGCAGGCCUUUACCCUAUUAACUGUGCAUAAAACAUGUUGUGCAUUGCACGGAUUGUAGAUUUUAAGAGGAAAAGCUUCCUCAAACUGUUGCCAAGCACAGGUAGUCUUUUUACAGUGAUCAUACAGUGUGACUGUUUGUAUGUUUUCACAGUACAAAGUUUCUUUGUAAAAGUUGACAUUUAUAUAGUUUGAUAUGAAUGUCAGUACUGAUUUAAUAAGGAGCACUGGUGCAACUGGUCCUAACAAGGCAGAGGGAUGCUUUCAGACUAUGUUAUUGUCAGAGUUAUCCUUAUUAUUGACGAUAAUGCUACAUUUCAGAACAUAAUAAAAGAACAACAAAUCAUUCUGUAAAGACUAACUAAGUGUUGAAUGACCUCAUGUCUGCACAACAAGAAAUGUGUGGAUCAUAUUAGUGUAGUCUGUAAUGACCACAGUGGGAUAACAUCAGCCUUUCUCUCUGAACAAAUGGACGUUCCUGGUUUGUGUACAACUGCAACUUAGGAGACAAGAGCAUGUGUCUUAACCUCUGGUUGCAUGAUGCAGGAGACACAUUUUAAAAUACUACUAAGAGUAAUUAUUUAAAAUGAUAACAAUAUGCACUGCAAGGAAGGUAGUUUAAGAGGAUUCUAAUGGUUAAGUUUCAUAUAAAGACAUUUAUAUUUAAUUAUUGUUUUUAUCACUAAUCACUCUUUUUUUAUUUAUGUUUUCAUGUAAGAUUUUUCAAGUGCAUAAGCACUACUAUGUUGUAAGAGCAUGCUGUACUAUUGUGUCUGUUGUAUGAUUUUUUUAAAUUAUUUUAAAUCCAUGUUAAAACACAAUGCUGUACAAAAAUGUCUCCUCCAAAUAUACAGCUUUUACAUUAAAAUGACA